AUGACCAUGAUUCAGGCAAAGCAGGGCCUAAAUGGUUUCACUAAUCACGAGGAGUAUAGCACAGUUGUGCUUGGUCGGAUUCGAGACGCCGAAAAGGAGUCUAUAAGCAAGGACGUAACCCCAGCUGACGAGGAUGCUGCUGAUGCUGCAGCUGCUGCUGCUGGUGAUGAGGGAGAGCGUGUUGUUCCCGAGAAGUCCGCCGCGUCUCUUUAUGCUGUCUCGCUGACGAGGGACCACACACCUCUUGAGUACGAGGAACGCCAACGCAUUCUCAAGUAUGGAGCCACCGUGUUAAAUGGACGUAUAAACAAUGCCAUCGAAGUCAGUCGCUCGUUUGGUGAUUACCAGUUCAAGAAGCAGGGCGUCACCUGUAUACCUGACGUCAGCAAAUAUGACCUUACGAGUAAUGACAAGUAA